AUGGCGCGGUCCUCGGGCUAUGAGACACUCCCGUUUCUAGACGACGAACACAGCGAGCUCGCCAAGUACGAUCACCAAUUGCCUACAGACAAGCCACUGUCGUCGUCAUCGGUGCGAGGGCGCCGGUCGUGGUGUGUUGUUCUCAUCUACGUCUGCCUGACGAUCCUCAACGGUCUGUGGUUUCUGGCCAACGUCUACCAUUCACGGCAGACUCUGCCGAUGACAAUCACUGGUCAACUGACCUCUGUAGAGCCUCGAGACGCGCCUAUAGAGGUGGUGAAGACGCGGUGGGAUCUUCCCGCGGGGAAGCGCUCCGCUUUCACGAGCUACAAUCGCGAUGAGGCCGACGCCGCCUGGUCGACACGGUCUGUUGGCAAUAACCGUACGUUACCCGUUAACCCCAUUUUGCGAGGCGCUUGGGAAACCUAUGUGUAG